CAUGAGUUCGUUGGUGCAUGACAAUUCAGUUUCUGGCCGACACCCAUUUUAAGUUGAACACUUUCACGAGGGUAAAACUAUUUGUAAAAAUAAUUUGGAAUACGUGUGUAAUUUUUGGAGGAAAAUUACAAUGGCGGAGGAUUACGUACCAUGGCCUAGAGAAGAAGUUGCGAAAAUAUCUUUAUUUUGGCCACCUGAACAGGUGCACACGCCGAAAAAAGAAAUCGAGCGGAAACUCAUUAACGCAAUGAUGCAGACUGAAGGCGCACUUGGUAAUUAUCUCGAAAUCGUGGCGAAUCUGCCAAUCCAGGUCAGCCAGAGGGAAGAGUUGACUAGAAAAUGGCACCAGUCGGACGCUCUAAGGGGCACGCAUUCCCUUUUCCACGACAUGAUUAGUGCUGUUUUCGGCGUUAACGGGAAGGCGACCAACAUUGGGAUGUUUCUGAAGGCAAUGGAACAAGCUGGCUGGAAGGCAGGAAUUCUGUGCUUGCCGUGAACUGGGGAGAAAUUGAAGGACUGAAUUUAUUACGCUGAAAUUAAUUGGGUGACCUAUUUAAAUAGUCCAAAAUUGUGUAAACCUUUCAAUAAAAUUAUACCUGAAAUUUUGAGUGUGCAAUUUUUUUAUGAUUUUUAUGCCUGAGAAAUAAAAAUAAUGACUCUCA